UUGCAGAAAGUGGUGAUGAAAGUCAUGAACAUGUCCGAUGCUAAGACCAAACGGAAAGCUAUGGAGGCUGCUGUCGACAUUUAUGGGGUUGAUUCAAUAGUAGCAGAUCUUAAGGAACAGAAGCUAACAGUGGUCGGAAAUAUAGACCCAGUGGCUAUGGCGACCAAGCUUAGGAAAGCGGUGGGGAAAGUUGAUAUAAUAUCAGUAGGGCCAGCUAAAUAAACAAUUAAUUAAUUACCAUUUUAUGCUAUU